UAAACUGUCACAUUCCUUGUUUGUCGAGUCAAUUGCUUGUCACACGGCUUUUUGUUUUACUUUUUGUGAUCAAAAAUCUGUAAUACUGAUUUAUUUUACUCGGAUUUGGUCACAUUAUACGACAAAUUGCUUACCAAUAUGCUGUAAAAAUUGUGAAAAUUUAUCAAACACUGCUGCGGUUCGGUCACGCUAGUGUAAUUCAGAAUGGCUGAAAGUGCUGGGCAAUCGGAGAAUACAGGCCAACAUAACGACUUGCUGACCACCAAGGAGGACCUUGUAAUUUCCAUUAAGAAGGAGGUAGAAGUGCUGGUGAAACCGGAACCUCACGAGUGCUUGGUGUGUGCAGUCCGAAGCAAAGACUCGUAUGAUGUGUUCUGCACUAAAACGAGUGCGUCAGGCGCGUCGCUGCACAGUUUCCUGUCGAAAUUUACGAACAACGAUCUCGGCAGCGCGCAGCAAACCCCCAAGUAUGUGUGCAAAAGCUGCUUCGACCUCAUCAACGUGCUGGAACAGGCAGAAAUCGAGUAUAACAAACUCAAAGAGACAUUCGAAUCUAUCAUCAGUAAAAACCCCCUAUUUCAAAUGAGUUCAGUGCAGCCAAUCCGGCUAGAAUCUGUUAAAAAUGAAUUGGGAGGUCAGAACAUCAAUGCUUCAUUUGAUGAUUACGACAACUUAGACUCUGAAGAUGAGCCCCUGUCUUUGACCAAGAAAAAGAGGCGCAAACCUGCAAAAAAGAGAAAAAAACCAACUCCAGUUAAACGGAAGACGAAAGUCAAACAACCCCAGGAUGAGAGCUGGGAGUGCGGCGAGUGCGGCGCGCGCGGCGCGGCGGGCGGCGCGGACGCGGAGGCGGCGCACAAGAUCGCGGCGCACGUCAUGGACGACGCCGCCGCGCUCACCGUCAAGAAGGAGGACUCUAGCGACGGGUCUCAAAACCAGUACAAUGGCUUUGAACCAAAGAUAGAAAUGGAUAUGGACAUUGACGAUUUCGGCGAUGGCAUCGGUGAGGACGACGACAGUUCUAAUUUUGUUCCCGACGAGGAGGAUGGAAAAUCCACCAAGAAGAAUAAGUUAGUGCUGGGCAGACUGAAGAGCAAAGCGGCGCCUGUACAGAAGAAGCCGAGGAAACCGAGAGAGAGUAAAGUGCUGCACAAAUGCGACGAGUGCGAUGCCAAGUAUGCGUCGCUCGCGCGGCUGGAGCAGCACAAGCUGAAGCACGACGGCUCCAAGCCGCCCUACAUCUGCGAGGUGUGCGGCGCGCACUACAAGCACAAGCGCGCCUGCGACAUACACAUCCAGCUGCACAAAGGCAUCAGCGACUGGAAGUGCGAAGAGUGCAAUAAACUGUUUCCGUCGAAGGGCGCGCUUCAGAGGCACAACAACAUCCACACCGGCAAGCUCAACUAUCAGUGCGACCUCUGCGGGAAGUCGUUCAUCCACACGAGCUCGUUCAAGAUGCACAAGCUGUCGCACUCGGGCGUGAAGCCGCACGCGUGCGACGUGUGCGGGCUGGCGCUCAUGACGCGCUCGCACCUAAAGCGCCACAAGCGCGUGCACAGCGGCGAGAAGCGCCACGAGUGCACCAUCUGCGGCAAGCGCUUCUCCGAGCGGUACAACCUGGCGGCGCACAGCAAGUCGCACGAGGCGGGCGCGGGCGCCGCGCUGCCGCAGCUGCCGCGCCGCCACCUGUUCCGCUGCCCCUUCUGCCCCGACCGCUUCGAGCGCAGGUACAUGCUGGAGCGGCACAUGUCGGUGGUGCACGGGCGCGCGCUGGAGCGGCCGCCGCCCACGCCGCGCAACACCAUGAGCAAGCUGCUCAAGGCGCAGGCGCAGGGCCCGCGCCGCCCGCCCGAUACGGACUCGAAGGACGACAGAAGUCCAGAUUCACGUUCGACGCCUAUCUCCGUACCGCAAAAACUUAUCGCACAACUGUCGUCGCAGUCCAGCGCGGCGGCCACGUCGUGGUCCAGCGCCUACGCCGAGUUCAACCUGCGCGCCGAGUUCCCGCACUGAGCCCGCCUCGCCGCGCCGGCCGGACCACCGCUUGCUGUGACGACAGGAUUGCGUGAUCAGUGCGUUAAAAAGUCGAAUAGGUCGAUCUCAAAUAAUCUUCUAAUUAUGAUAUAUCACAGGUGAAGUGAAGCGAAGCGAGUUUGGUGAAAAUUACACAGGAAAACCAUCUCAGUUCUUAGCGUGACUUCACUUGGCAAAAAAGAUUUCAGUUUUAGGCUGAGUUGCACCACCAAAUAAUAACCGAAACUAUAACAUUAACUGGUGUUUUUUUGUGUGGAGUUUGACAGCUUUUUGACGUUUGUUGAAGUCAAAAUAAAAUGGUGCAAUCCAGCCUUAGCAUUUUUUUUCAUACUGGUUUAAUUAAAACGUAGAGCAAAGAAUUCGAAAUCACGAAGAGAAAAAAGAAAAUUCACUGCGGUAGCAAAAUAUUGCGGGCAAACUAUAUGGCCGCCUGACAUUGUCUACGUUCCUUGUUAAGUAAAUAAAGUAAUGUUUAUGUGCAAAAAACACUUAAUGAGUAUAUUUUUAUUAAUUUUCUUUCAAGUAUUUUGCUCAUUAAUCGAUUCUACCUAUCAGCAUAAACUUUUUGACGUACUUCAAGCGCUUUGGGUACAGUCAAAUAGUUCGUGACACCUGAAGUGGCCAAAAAGUUGACAACACAACCUUAUUCCAAUGAGGGUUUUCGCGAAUGAAAAAUCCGCCAGAUGGCAAUACGUAGACGCGAGGUCCAAAUGCUGCAUGAUUGGUUAUUUUUGACAUGACACUGACAGAUAUGUCAAAAUCCACCAAUCACGCAGCAGUCAGACCCCACAUCCACGUCCCGCCAUCUAGCGGAUCUUUCAUUCGCGAAAACCCUCAUUGCAACAAAUACACGUUGGGUGUCACGAACUAUUUGACGAUGACUGCACCUACCGCAGCUUGAGCCGAAGGGUUCGCACCGUCAUUGGUAGUCGUCACGUUAUUUUUAUUUUGUACUUUUGAUGGUAUUUCUCUUCGGAUGUUUAAAGAUUUAUGUUUAAUAUUAGAUCUGUCUAGGAAAACUACUGAAACUAUAUAGCUUUAUUUUUAUUGCUGGAAAUGGUAGGAUAAUAUAAUUUUUAAAUAUCGUAUAUCAUCAUCAUAAACAAUGAGAAUAAAGAACAGACCGAUAAAUAUUAUUUUUGUGACGAUAAAAUGUAUUAUGUGCAGGAGUGUUUAUGUCAGUUACUAACCUUUAUUAGUUUUCGAUUUUUUAAUCACUUCAAAAUAUUAUCUAGGAGACUGAUGCUUUUUGGCCAAAACGCUGACAGAUCCCGUGCUGACAGCCUGAGUAUCUUUCCUGCGAUAUCUUUUUGA